AUGGCAAUUGUCACCCCCCCCCGGGGGGGGGGGGGGUGGGGGGGGGGGUGGGGGGGUCGGGGGGGGGGGGGGGGGUGGGGGGCCCCCCUCCCCCCCCGGGGGGGGGGCACACAACUUUCGGGGGGGGGGGGGAGGGGGGGUCCCCCCAUGGUCCCUUUUGGAAGUGGGUUUCCAGCUGCCAUAGUGAUGCUGAGGAGAUCUGUCGUAGCGAGUGGAGUGAAACAAGCCACAGCAGAUUAUCGCAUCAGCAAAAGUGCUUGGCUGAAGGACUCUUCCCAUGCUGUGAUUGAGAAAUUGGAUCUACGGAUCUCUAUGGUAACAGGCCUAAAUGUGAACCAUCCUUUUGGUGAAUACCUUCAAGUUGUCAACUACGGGAUUGGUGGACAUUAUGAACCCCAUUUUGACCACGCUACAGCUCCAACUAGUCCUGUGUACAAGCUAAAUACUGGAAAUCGAGUAGCAACAUUCAUGAUAUAUCUCAGCUCUGUCGAGGCAGGUGGGUCCACUGCGUUCAUCUAUGCCAACUUCAGUCUCCCGGUAGUAGAGAAAGCUGCCGUCUUUUGGUGGAAUCUGCACAGAAACGGUGAAGGAAAUGUAGACACUCUUCAUGCAGGCUGUCCAGUUCUCGUUGGGGACAAAUGGGUGGCAAACAAGUGGAUUCAUGAAUAUGGUCAAGAGUUUAUCCAUCGCUGCACUUUGAAUCGUGAUGAGUGA